AAGAAAUCUUCAUUUCAGUUACCUGCAGUCCACUGAGGAGCAUGGGAGGCAACCAGACAUGGAUCACAGAAGUCACCCUGCUGGGAUUCCAGGUCAGCUCAGCACUGGAGUUUUUCCUAUUUGGACUUUUCUCUCUUUUCUAUACAUUUACCCUGCUGGGGAACGGGGUCAUCCUGGGCCUUAUCUGCCUGGACUCUAGACUUCACACCCCCAUGUACUUCUUCCUCUCACACCUGGCCAUAGUUGACAUGUCCUAUGCUUCCAACAGUGUCCCCAAGAUGCUGGGGAAUCUUGUGAACCAGAAGAGAACCAUCUCCUUUGUUCCAUGCAUAAUGCAGACUUUCUUGUAUUUGGUGUUUGCUGCUACGGAGUGCCUGAUUUUGGUGGUGAUGUCCUAUGACCGGUAUGUGGCCAUCUGCCACCCCCUACAUUACACUGUGAUGAUGAGCUGGAGAGUGUGCAUUGUCCUGGCCGUCACUUCCUGGGUGUUCAGCUUCCUCCUGGCUCUGGUCCAUUUAGUUCUCAUCCUGAGGCUGCCCUUCUGUGGGCCUCAUGAAAUCAACCACUUCUUCUGUGAAAUCCUGUCUGUCCUCAAGCUGGCCUGUGCUGACACCCGGCUCAACCAAGUGGUCAUCUUCACAGCCUGCGUGUUUGUCCUGGUGGGGCCCCUCUGCUUGGUGCUGGUCUCCUACUCGCGCAUCCUGCUGGCCAUCCUGAGCAUCCAGGCCGGGGAGGGCCGCAGAAAGGCCUUCUCCACCUGCUCCUCCCACCUCUGCGUGGUCGGGCUCUUCUUUGGCAGCGCCAUCGUCAUGUACGUGGCCCCCAAGUCCCGCCAUCCUGAGGAGCAGCAGAAGGUCCUUUUCCUGUUUUACAGCUUUUUCAACCCCAUGCUGAACCCCCUGAUCUACAGCCUGAGGAACGCAGAGGUCAAGGGUGCCCUGAGGAGAGCGCUGAGGAAGGAGGGGCCCAUGUGA